UAUUUUUUACUACAGAAGUAAAUGACUUUCAAUUUUUAUAUUCAUCAGUCAAGUUUGUAGCCAGUGUAGUGAUUUAAUUUACCUCAUAAUUAUGGAUUUAAAAUUAUCACUGAUUAUUAUUUUUCUAACGAUGACAGUGACACCAUCAUCAUCAGGUCCAGUAUUAUCAUUAAUACAUAAUGUCAUUCAAGGCAAUCUUGUCGGUGUUCCAGUUAUCCACGAGCAUACAGAGUGGAAUUUUAAUCCAAAUGAUGGAUUAAAACGUAGAGUUCAGUAUGAGGCAUUGAAUGGUCAUCGAGGAGAAGAUUUAAUAUCUCGAUUGGGAAUGAGUUCUAGCCAUGAAGGUCCUUGGGGUGUAAAAGUAUCAAAAGUUCAACCAGCUGUUAAAUAUAGUUCCUAAAAACCAAAACUAUAUUUAA